UGGAUGUACUUUCAACCUUCACUCUGGAUCCCGUCCCGCAGGUGUGAGCUCACAGCAAGGCGGCAGUUCGCAGCAGUUCUCGAACUUCUCUCAGAAUGACUGCGUGGGACGGGGUGAUGCCCUUUUAUCCCCAACCCAGGCACCCCGCGGGCUUUAGCAUCCCGCUGAUCAUUGUCAUCCUGGUAUUCUUGUGCUUAGCGGUCAGCUUCCUGCUCAUCUUGCCUGGGAUCCGUGGCCACUCGCGCUGGUUCUGGUUGGUGAGAGUUCUUCUUAGUCUGUUCAUCGGUGCAGAAAUUGUGGCUGUGCACUUCAGCGGAGACUGGUUCGUGGGGGGAGUGUGGACCAAUACAUCCUACAAAGCCUUCAGUACAGCCCGUGUUCAAGUCCACGUCGGUCUGCAUGUGGGACUGGCGGGCGUCAAUAUUACACUCAGAGGAACACCAGUGCAGCAGUUGAAUGAGACCAUUGACUACAAUGAGCGUUUCACUUGGCGUCUGGACGAAGACUACACCAAGGAGUACGUUAAUGCCCUGGAGAAGGGACUGCCGGACCCAGUGCUAUACCUGGCAGAGAAGUUUACACCUAACAGCCCCUGCGGGCUGUACCACCAGUAUCACCUGGCAGGACACUAUGCUGCAGCAACGCUGUGGGUGGCGUUCUGCUUCUGGAUCAUCGCCAACGCGCUGCUGUCCAUGCCCGUUCCGCUCUACGGCGGCCUGGCCUUGCUCAGCACCAGCGCCUUCACGCUCUUUGGCGUCUUCGCCUUCGCCUCGAUCUCUAGCGUGCCACUCUGCCCCUUCCGCCUGGGUUCCGCCGCCCUCACGCCUCACUACGGCGCCUCCUUUUGGGUCACGCUGGCCACCGGCAUCCUGAGCCUCCUCCUCGGAGCGGUGGUGGUGAUCCUCCACUACACUUGGCCCAGCGCUCUUCGCUCCUUUCUGGAUCAAAGUGGCAAAGACUGUAGCAGUCAGGCGAAAGGGAAAUCGCCUCUCAUCUUGGACAACCCGCAACACAAGCAGUUCGAGAACCCAGACUUAAAUAUUACCACUGUCCUGUGA